AUGCUAAAUGAAGAGGACAAUAACAAUUACAGCAGACAGUGCCCAGGACCCAAAAGGCUUGGAGUUACUUUCCUGGCAUCAGAAUGGGGAUCAAGCAAAGGAGGCCUCUCCACCUUAAACAGGGAAUUGGCAAUAAACAUCGCAAAGGACCCAAGAAUUAAGGUCAGUUACUUUGUUCCAAGUUGCAAUGACGAGGACAAGACAGCAGCUCAUAGUCAUAAAAUAGAACUUAUAAAGGCAGCAAGGCGGCCCGGCUUAGAUGAGCUGGAAUGGCUUAACUUUCCACCAAAGGAUUUGCAAAUUGACGUAGUAGUUGGACAUGGUGUUAAACUUGGCCAUCAGGCACAAAUUAUCAGGGAGUCCCACGAAUGUAAAUGGAUUCAGGUUGUCCAUACAGACCCUGAGGAACUAGGGAUAUAUAAAGAAUAUCCCAAUCCAAUUUCGAAUGCUCAGAAAAAGCAUAAAACAGAGGUAGAACUUUGCGAACUAGCUGACUUCGUUGUACCAGUUGGCCCCAAAUUGUACAAAGCGUUUCAUUCUUAUCUCGCCUCGUGUAAGAAAGAGCAAUGUUUCUUCCAAUUUACUCCUGGAAUUCUAACAGAAUUCUCUGAAUUGAAACAAAGUCCAGAAAAACGAGAAGUUUGUAAAGUAUUGUGUUUUGGUCGUGGAGAUUCGGAGGACUUUAAAUUAAAAGGAUUCGAUAUAGCAGCUCGAGCUGUGGCUAAGCUGAGUCAUUGUAUUCUGUUAUUUGUUGGUGCUGCGGAGGACAAACUCGAAGAGACACGAACACGUUUCCUCGAUUUUGAUAUCCCUCCCAAUCAGCUAAAGGUGCGAGCGUUUUUGGAUAGCCGGGAAGAUUUGGAAAAGGUAUUUUGCGAAGCAGACCUUGUUGUUAUGCCCUCGAGAACUGAAGGCUUUGGUUUAACGGGUCUUGAGGCCUUGUCAGCCGGUCUGCCUAUUCUUGUGAGUCGAAAAUCAGGAUUUGCAGAAGCUUUGUUGGAAAUACCAUUUGGCCGGCAUUUUGUGGUUGAUUCAGAUGAUCAAGAUCAGUGGGCCAAAGCAAUUGGGGACGUCUGCAACAACGACAGAAGCAGACGACUUGAAGAGUGUGAAACACUGCGAGACUCCUACCAGAAAAAGUACAGUUGGAAAAAACAGUGUGAAUCUCUCAUUGACAAAAUGAUCAGCAUCACUCUUAACGGUAUGGAUGUAAGCUUAGCUGAGAUGAUCCAAUGCUAUGCCAAAAGGCAUUCCGGCGCACUGUGGUCAUAAGUCUCCCAAUUAGUUUAACCAAAACAGCCAGGAAUAUUUUAAUUAACUUUGAGGCAUCUUUCUCCUUUCCCUAUAAAAAUUUAAAGACCAUUUAUACUCUUGGGUAGAGAUAGCCAUUAUCAGGGUUAAUUUUCCCUAACAAAAAAGUAACACACUGCAAUGUGAAAGAUUGAUUUGUGGCACAUAGAGAUGUAUGAAACCUUUAUGGGCUCGUUUAGCAAAUUAUUUGUCAGCGGCCACUUAAACCCCAAACCUCUAAAUCGUUGCAUAGCUAAUAAAAUAAUUAAAAUGUCGCAUAUUCUUCAAAUAGACAAACCCGAAGAUUGUGGGUGUGCAUCAGAAAAGUCCACAUUGCCUCACCAGACGGAAGUCAGUAACGGCCUUUGUUCAGGUACCAUACUCUUUAAGUGCCCCAUUUUUGAAAACUAUAAAUACAUAAUAAUUAUAAUAACAAUAAUGAUGAUAGUAAUAAAAUACUUGUAAUAACUCAUACUCUGGAGACUGGUAUCUAGUAUUAAAUUCUGACUUAUCAGAUUGAAGCAUUGAAGUGUCGAAGAGAGAAAUUGGGGAAAUUGAUUAAAUUUUGGUUCGAAGAGUGGCACUGAAAUUUUACUCCAAAUUCAUAUCACUGAUAUACCAGCAAAAUCCCUCUUCAACCAAAUAAUUAUUGGUCCGAUUUCACAUACACGUUUGUUAUACAAUACCAUCGGUACGCCGUGUAUUCCAUGUAAUAUAAAGAGUAAAAUUUCAGAAUUUUCCACGGGAAUGCCCAGUGGUUCUAAUUUAUCCUAUGCCACAUAUUACCGGAGAUUAUCGAAUGAUCUCAAUGGUUUCUUCAAAAGGGUUAGUACAAAGUAAUAAAUAAAAUGGAUAUGUUCAAAAUUAUAAAAGUACAACCGUUUGGUUGUAAAAUUCUCGCAAUUUCUUUCUCUGUCGUUACCUUUCAUUUCUUUUCUUGUUGCCUUUAAACGUCUUUGUGUCGCAGGAAUUCCAGACUUUCGAUAGGUAAUAAGUAGGUCUCUAUUCUCUUUCGUCUGCUUUCCUCAGUUCUUUAUGGGUAGAGUCUGGCAACAGAGAAAUAAUAUUUGAUGCGGAGGUGCCAUUCUCUGUUCACUAAUAAUUUUAGACUUUCGAUAGGUAAUGAGUAGGUCUCUAUUCUCUUUCGUCUGCUUUCCUCAGUUCUUUAUGGGUAGAGUCUGGCAACAGAGAAAUAGUAUUUGAUGCGGAGGUGCCAUUCUCUGUUCACUAAUAAUUUUCUGUUAUUUGUUUUCUAUAAAAUAUGUAGUGUGCCACAGCCUCCCGGCGAGUCCGCUUUUCAUAAUUUAUUUAAAAGGAAAGUGAUAUUUUUUUAAGUAGCAACGUUCUAAUUGUGUUUUCGCCUGGCUUUUUGGAAGUCAGUGCACAUUUAGCUCCAGGUAGAUUGCCCAUCCACAUAAGACUUAGAUGCGCUACAUUUCAAGAGGCAGAGAGCAAAGAUGCUGCGCAACAAGAAGAAGCCAAACAUCUCCUGAUGUGUGAGAUGACAAAACACUUUCUCGAGAUACAUGCAGCUAAAGUCCCUUCUGAAAAAUUCAAUCAGUCUCUCUCUUACUACCUACAAGGAGUACACGACACGAUAAUAAGAGAAGCAGGCGAGGGGAGCUUGCGAAUUGUAGUCGAAUGUAGGACAUUGGAAAUUCUUGAGCGUCUGUGGGAUGACUAUAAUUCCGGUCACCUGAAUGAAGUAGCGGAAGAACGCCUUUUAACGGAUGAGAUAAAGAAAAAAUAUGAAGUGGAAUCAAUAGAACUGGAAACGACCAUUACUAUGGAGAACUACCUGGCUUGCAAACUGUCAUUGACAGGUACUUCAUCUUAUAGUUAAAACUCCCCAAGAAGACAGGUUUUAAGGUUUAAUGCACUUAGGGCUUAGGAAAAUGACUGUCAAAAAGAGGGUAAUCAGUGUAAUACGGCACAGCGCUUCUGAAUGGCGGGUGGGAUUGUUAUCUGUAUAUAAAUUUUUUGUUUGUUACUAUCUUGCCAGCAAAACAAACCAACCUGUCAAUAGGAACGUGAGAAAUCUUACGAGCAAAGCAGUUAGUUCAAUGGAAAGUAAGGGAUCGAGCAAAAUGGCCUUGGUGCAACUUUAAACUGAAAAAAAUAAUCUCACCAAAAUUUUUCAAAGCUCAUCCUUUACGGGUGCACCCUUAUUUACCAUCUAAUACUCCGGUACAUUGUUACCAGAAAAAAAAUAUUAUCAUGUAUACCCAUGGAUACUCAAAAUCAACGAUUUUAUCACAGUUCUACCGACAUUUAUCUGUCUGAAACGAACAAAAAAGACAAAACAAAAAGCAGACGAACGAGGCGACAGAAAUAAAACAGAAAAAAAUGAAGAUGAAUUAAAAACUUAGGAAUGGUUAUUAAACGAGAACAAAGUUGCUGUUUUUGUAUACUUGAUGAGGAAGUUUUAACCCUUAGUAAUUCUCCUUACUACCAUACAAUUCUUUGAUGUUUUCAGAGAAAAAAUUAAAUAAUUGAUAGAUUCUCAUUCCCUGCUUGAUAUUGUAUUCAAUUGUAAGGGAAAAUGUCUUGGUCACUUGUGGGAGUUUUAAGAAAUGAGUUUCUUGCCCUCUGGGAGAGGUCCGCUAAAGUAGGAAAUGUCUCAGUUUGAGUUUUGCGAAAUGAACUUGCCUUCUGGUCAAGAUUCGGGGGUUGAGGUUCCCGAGUCGCGAGUAGAGGUCGCGAGUAAAGUUUCCUCAAAAUUAUCAGACCCAAAUAUGAAGCUCAAAUCGUUCACCGAAAAAAAAGCAAAAAAGUAUAAAAAAAAAAUCGAGGAUCAGCAUUACCAUGUCCUUGGGAGUGUCCAUAAUUGUAAGAUUUCCCAAAAAUAUCGUUGUUAAGGGAGGAGAAAUAUAUUAUAGUUUCAUGUUAUGUUACGGUUUCAUGUUAAUUCUUGCUGUUGUUAUUUUCUUUGACGCCAUCGACUAGAUCUGAAUCGUGAUUCAACAGUUGCAGAAAAUCUAACUGACCGAGCGAAUGGACAAGCUUUAGUCGCUCAGGACGAAGAACAACGUGAACUCUCCACAGUGCACUUUGCGUUAAAUUGUAAGUGAAAACAUCAACAAUUCAAAUAUACAUAUAAUUAUAGAAUUUUUCUUUGGGCGCUCAUCUAAAAUGAUAGCAUAGCAUCUAUUAGAAAUCAUUAAAAAUUUUCAUUUCAUGUAAAGGUUUUGACAAUUUUAUGGUAGAUUCAUGUUUGAAUAGAACUUAUAGUUCUAAAAUGAGCUUGUUUAACUCUAACAAAAACCUGCUCUUCUUUAUUGUACGGCAAACUAUGAGUGAUGAUUAUUAAUUGUGUAUUUUAGUUUAAUUGUGCAGUAAUUAAAAACUGAAAGCCGAAAGGAUAUUGAUUCUUUUUCCGAAGGUUAUGAUUUGCAUGAAUCUUAAGAUAGGAAUGUUGAUUUUCUUUUCACAUACAUCGCCCUUUGAUAACAACGUAGACAACGAUUUUUCAGCAAGCCCAAAUGAAUUACAUACAAAUCAAGAGAAAGGAAGCCUGCGUCUGGUGUCUGAAAUGUUAUCUGAGGAAAAGACUUCUCAAAGUUCUUUUAUGGAACUACCCCACCUACCAGAACCAACAAAAGAGCGUGACAACAGUUUACGAUUUUCCGUCGAAUGUCGGGAUCUGGAAAGUCUUGAAUGUCUGUGGUCUGACUAUCGCUCCGGUCGUCUAGAUUGGAUUGCCGAAAAAUUUCUUCUGACAGAUGACAUCAAAAAGAGAUUUCAUGUGGAGUCUGUCACUUUAGAAACAAGCAUACUGGAAGAGGACUAUUUGGCGUGUAAAAAGCAUCUUUUAAAAAAUUCUCGUAAGUUGGUAACAAUACUUGCUAAAGGGAUAUUUGAAGUCCUGGGUCAAGGUGUACGAAGACCGAUUAGCGCUAACCCAUGAUCAAAUUUUAAUCCGAGUUCCUUUGUUCCUUUGUUCAAAAGCCCUUUUAGAACAUUUUUUUUCUAUUCUUCUUAGAGCGUCCAAUCAUCAAAUUGGUUAUUCUGAAUUUCCUAUUAAAACUUUCCGAUCUGAAAUUAGAUUUCACACUAAUCCUGGGUUAUCUUAAUCCACUUAAGAUGUCUUAGUAUGUAAUUGCUUACUUUAUUUCUCACGCAAUUCCUCAGAAAACAGCGGAAACUCGCUUAUGGGAGAUGGUGAUGACACUGAAAUCCUGGUUACUGAAAGGGCUAUUCAAACAGCAAACACCGAUGAUCUUGGUAUUCAAACAUCCAUAGGAGCUGUUUCCCAACUGGUUGAUCAAGGCAAGAAAGUUAUACCAGUCGAAGGAAAAAAUGAGACUACAAAAGAACAACAGAUAAUUGCAGGAAAAAUUAUAGGUACAAAUGAUUUAACCACUUACAACGUUAUUUUUAUUAUUAUUCUCAAUUAUCAUCGUCAUUAUUUCAUAAAAAUAACAAUGGUAUGGGACUAACUAACAAAAUUUAGAUAUCGAUACCAUGUCCCAUUCAAUUGUCCUACUCGUUUCGUUGAGUGGAAUUUGCUUUAGAGAUAAGUUAAACAAGUUUACUUUAUUACUCACGCAAUUCCUCAGAAAACAACGGCAACUCGCUGAUGGGAGAUGGUGAUGACACUGAAAUCCUGGUUACUGAAGGGGUUUUUCAAACAGCAAACACCGGUGAUGUUGGUAUUCAAACAUCUACAGAAGCGAUAUCCCAACUGCCUGAUCAAAUCAAGGCUGUUAUAUUAGUCGAGGAAAAAAAAUGAUACUAUAGAAGAACAAGAGAUAAUUGCAGGAAUAUCGCUUCCAGAUCUUCUAUCCUCUAAUGUUUUGAACCUUUUUGUCCAUUUCCCGAAUAUUUACCCUCCACAAGAAUGGCUCGCUAUGUUUCCAUGUAUCUGUAUUAUGAUAUAAAACAAUACUAAAGGAGAUUACAUCGGAAGACUUGGUAAAUUUUUCUCUUUUGGUUCAUCUUCUUAGGGCGUGAAAGAUAUACCCCCUUAGACAGUGGGUACUUAAGUUAUCACAGGAGGAACCUAAAAACUAAAAUUGGAAGUGGCUGCGUUAUUCCCGAAACAAACAGGUAUGAAGCGUGGUUAAGCUUUCAGUCCAGAGCUUGAAUCCAAGUUCCUUGCUCAGAUUCAAAUAUUUUGCAAGAUAGAAUUUGAAAUUAAAAAAAACCGGUCAAAAUUACGUCGCUUGAGACAAGACUAGAGAUCCACCCCGCUUGUAAAAAAGGUCAAAACUCUGUGGCCACUAUUAAAACUGGAACGACACUUUCGAAACUACUGUCAUUCAAGUGAAAGAUGUAAGAUGUAAGGAAAUACUAGAAAUACCGUUUAACAAGGUGGAAAAGCACGUGAGUGACGUCAAUAACUCGACAAUUUCUUGUUAGUAAUUUUCUGUUCAUAAAAGCUUGUGAUGAGGUUUGAUGAAGUCAUUGUUAUUUUUUGAGGUUUUUUGAGGUUUCGCUCCGCAGUUAUUCACAUAGACUAUAUACCGCGAUACCACGGUGUAUGAAGAGGAGAAGAAGACUAUUACCACAACCUCAUGCAGGUACGUGCUCUGUUACUACUGCCCUGCCUCUUUACGCAAGCUUAUCGACAACAGAAGGUAUAUGAAUGCCUAAGGUGUCUGAUUGUUGUUUUCCUUUCAAUUAGAUUAAAUAAACAAAUAGAUGGAUAUAGAUUGCUCGUCUGCAGUGCAUCUUAAAUUUCUUCAUUCUUUGUGAUUCUAGCUACGUUGCUUGUCUCAGGAGAGGUUAAUCUAACAAAGAUAUGGUUAAUUAGCGCAUAAAAAUACUUUUUGAAUACCUAGAUUAUCUUCCAACAUUCUAUCUGACAAGAGGGCACUCUUCUGAAAUUUGAUGACAAGAUUUAGUACAGUUCUUGGGACUUCACACCCUCGUUUACGAGAUUACACCUGUAAUAUUAAUGAGGUCAAAAAAAAGGGGAAAAUAAUUUUACAAAGUUUCUAACUCACAGUUUGAGUUCAAAGAAAGUCCUAUCUAGAGCUGUUCUCAGCUAUCUAGGCCUUUCGUAAAUUUAAGGCUACCAACAACUUAUCAGGACGGGAAGCUGGAGCCCAAUUCAGUUAACUAUUCUACCUCGCUGAGUCGAAAUUGGGUCCUUUUGUAAUAGAGGCACUGACAGAUAUCAACUUUAAUUAUCAUGGUAAAUGAUCUUUUUUAACAGGGCAAGAAGAAGAAGAAUUUAUCAGGUCCCAUGUCCGUUGUAAUAGACAUUUAGCGAGGUAUGUUCGUUACUAUAGGACCCGUAUAAGGGUUGCCUUUUCCGUUAAUCCUUUAGGCAAGCUUAUUCAUAAAAAAGAAACUCCAAUGUGUAAUGGUAUUACCCUUAGUGCUUGGCAAAAAAUUUUUAAGCAAUAGAGCUAACUGAAAAAAAUUUGGAAGUAGGUUUUUAAUUUGAAUCUCUUAAAAGUAGCCAAUCCUACUAUUGAUUUUAGUUGAUUUUUGUAAACUCUUCUCAGCGGCGUGAACACCCGUUGCAUCGAAGAUAUCCGUCUAUUUGUGAAUAACUAUUCUGAUGUGAACUUGUUUCUGACUGUUUAGUUACAGUUCUGGUAUGCAUGACAAACUUUUUCUCACAAAGAGCUGCAUAUCACGACGGAAAGAACUGACAUUGAUAAUGAAAGCAAUACUACGAAAACUAAGUGGUCAAAUAGAGGCAGUUGCCAUUUCAGGACAUGUCUGAGUGUUUUUUUCUCCGUAAUUGUUACAAGUUCCCUCUUUUCCUCCCUACAAAUUGAAAUGUUUCUUUUUGACAAAUACAUAAUGAAUUUUCAUGAACACGCGUGUUCUUGCUCUGAUUCAAACGCUUUACUUGGCGAGUAUAUUUACAUUAUUGGCAAAGCGUGUGGUCAGGAUGGCUGGGUAUUGACCAAGGUCUUUUUUUAAGGACCGAAAAGAAGUCGAGGUCAAUAAAAACGCAAAAAGGAAGAGGCCAAUAUCUAACCAUCUUAACCAAACCAGCUUGGUUAAUAAACGAUUUAGUAAAUAGCAAAAAGAUAAAGCUUUAUUAAGAAUCAAGAAUGACUUAUUUCGAGUGCCAGGAAGGAAAGCCAACUGUGUUUGUAGCACAAUACAUAAACCCUUGAGAUUCGUGUAUGUUUUCUUUAUCUUCACUUCCUUUCGCCGCCUUUUGCAUCUCAGAACAAUUUUUAUAUUGCGCUUGGUGAAAGUAGUUAAUCUUGAGCGGGCAAGAUGGGUCCAUCUUUCCUACUCGAGUAGCCAAUCAGACACAGGUUUCGCUUCAUAUUGCUCACGCGCGCUGCCAGCGAUAUGAUAAACUAAAUCACUAUGAAACGCAAGCCUCUUUACUCUCAAGAACAUAUGUUAAAUUAGGUAUGCUGUAAAUGGUUUAAAGAACAUUGUGGUUCUCAAUUACAAAGGUCCGUGUAGUGUAUUUGCAUGUUAACCAAAAGUAAAAAUCGAAUUCUAACGUUGUAUAACAAGCUAAUACCAUCAUUUUGGUUUGGUUUGCAUUUAUUAAUCAUGUCUGUCUGUAUGUUUGUUGUUUUAUUUAAUCGUAGAAUCGUACCUCCGGUUCAUCAUUCCGAGCAGAUAUUGAAUAGAGAUAAAGAUUCCGCUGCCAGGAUACAAGGUGAAGCUUAUCACAACUAUAAAUUUUAAUUGAUGUUUAGGCGAAGAAUUAUGAGAAUCGCCUCUUCUACCUAGCGUGUACUAUAAUGGGAUCACGAGAAUUAAUCAUAAGUUGCAUGGCGAGCGAUGUCCGGUCAACGUCUGAGGUCUGAAUCAGAUGCGUCUUUCAUAGAAAUAUGACCCUGGAAGAGGUUGCAACGUUUUGAAAAUUGAUAACGGUUCGAGGAAUGUGAAAUUUUUUACAACCAAAUUGAGGGACUUUACUUGUUACGGAGGAUGUUCGGGCAAUAAGAAGCAAGACGACUAGCAUCGCGAUCCACAUUGGAGCCGACUACAUCGUGAGACAAACGAUUAUAUUUUAAUGCAAGUUAUUUUGUUUGGAGUUACACUCAGCUAACACGUAGACUCUUUUUUAACAUCAUUUAAUCAAUAUCUUGUUCGCCCCUCUUGGCAAAUAUAAUAGAAAAUAGAAAAUGUGAGCUUCUUUAUAUUCUUUUAACCUUAACGAUGUAUGAUUUAUGCAAGAUCUACGAGAAGGCAAAGGUUUCUCUGAUGACUUUGACCCCCCUGAAAGUCCACCCUCUAAAGAUGGCCCAAAACGAAGGUAAAAAGUCUACUUUGUCAACAGCUCAUCGGUAAAACAUACCAUACAUAGCAAGAAAAAUUUAUGCAGAAGAUUGCUUUCUGUUUGGCCAUUCAAAUACCCUGAAGCAUUCUUUAAAGUGCUCUGUUUGGUUAAAUUCAGUGUGGCUUUUAGAGUAAACCCACUGCCGACGCUACAGUGGAUAACCAGGUGGCUGUUCAGAAAACACUAUGCUACCCCGAAUAUCACGAUGAUGAUAAUCAAUAAAUAGUCCUAGUACUAUUUACACCGUUAGGUUUGAAUCUUAUUUCCUCCUCCUCCUCCUUCCUAACAAUCUUUGUUAGCCGGAUCAUGUUUAAAGAGAAAAUAAAAUUAAGAAACAGUCGAAGGGAGGAAUGGCUAGAAAACUCACGACUGCUUAUGGCAAGGAGACAAAGGUAAAAAAGUUUACUUUGUCAGCAGCUCAUCGGUAAAACAUGGCAUACACAGCAAGAAAAAUUUCUGUCUGCUGAGGGUUGUUUUCUGUUUAGCCAGUAAAAUACCCUGAAGCAUUCUUUAAAGUGCUCUGUUUGGUUAAAAUCAGUGUGGCUUUUAGAGUAGACCCACUGCCGACGCUUCGGUGGAUAACCAAGUAGCUGGUCGGAGGACGCCAUGCUACCCCGACUAUCACGAUGAUGAUAAUCAAUAAAUAGUAUUAACUCUAUCUUCACCAUUAGGUUUGGAUCUUAUUUCCUCUAUUUCUCAUCUUUGUUAGCUCGAGGAGGUUUGAACGGAGAAUAAUUGUAAGAGGGAGGCCAAUGGAGGCAUCGCUAGGAAAAACACAAGAGUCAGUGUCCAUUCCUAGAUUUAAAGGUACACUCAGUCAAACAUACUUGGUUAACGAUUUUAUUAAUUUAAUUUCCUCGAGACAUAUCAUUUCCUAGAAGUAAAGCCAAAUCAACAUGAUCAAUGCCAUAUACUUCUUACCUCGAAAUUUUUUAAAAAUUUUCUUUUUUCCCAAAAAAAAAGAGAAAAAACACAGGCAACGCUAAAAUGUUCUCAAUCUUGUACAAAUAACCAAUACACACAGUUUUUGUUAAAAAUUUUCAAUUAAAUUGUGUGACCUUUGCUUUUUUGUGGGGGGAAGGGUGGGGGAAGUGUGGUGGAGGGGGUUGGGGUCUCGCGAAUCCUCCAAACUCUUUCCCAUAGAUCCGCUGCUGUCGUUGCAGCCUCUGCUAUGCAUAACCAUCUUCGAUGUUCGUUCUAAAUGAACCGCAAAUAGAAGUUUUACUAGGGUGUAUGAAGAGACAUUUUUAUCACUAGAAAUCCCAAAUUCGUAUCUCUUAUGGUGGAGGCUCGAGCGAUAAGAAGAUAGAAGACUAGUAGCAUGCAGUCGAAACAUCGUGAUCUAUAUAGGAACCGACUACAUCAUGAGACAAACGACUAUAUUUCAAUAUAAAAGUAGAGGCGUGUAAUGGGCCCCGUAUAUUAUUUGGAGUCAACUCGGGUAACACGUUAGCCCUUUUUUAGCAUCAUGUAAUCAAUAUCUUGUUAGCGCCUCGUGAUUAAUAUAAUAGAAAAUAAAGAAUGUGAGCUUCUUUAUAUUACUUUAACCUUAACGAUGUAUGAUUUAUUCAAAAGGUCUACAAGAAGCCAAAGUUCCUUCUGACAUUUUCGACACUCAUAAAGGUCGACUAUGGUCUAAAGAUGGCAAAGACGAAGACAAAAAGUCCAAAUUGUCCACCGCUCAUCGGUAUGAUAAAUUAAAUCACUAUGAAACGCAAGCCUCUACCUACAAGUACAUAUGUUAAAUUAGGUAUUCUGUAGAUGGUUGAAAGAACGUUAUGAUUCUUAAUCCAAAAGGUCCAUGAAAAUUAGGACUCAUUUUAUAUAAGACCAGCGUGCGUAUUGUAGCGGCUUUCCAUACAUCGUGCAGUUGCAAGAAAGUAACCGCGACUAGAAAGUUUGACGUUGAUCGAAUGAUUAAUAAUUGCAUUUAUUAAUCGUGUCUGUCUGUAUGUUUGUUGUUUUAUUUAAUCAUAGUUUGAAGCCUGACUCUUCAAUAUCUACUUGGAAUGAUGUACCAGAUAAUGAAUUUGCAGCUAGGAUGCAAGGUGAAGUUUUUUCAAUCUUCUCUCUUAGAAAUUUCAAAGCUAAUCACAACGGUAAAUUUUAAUUGAUGUUUAGGCGAAGAGUUAAGAGAAUCGCUUCUUUUACCCAGCGUGUACAAUAAUGGGGAUCACGAGAAAUAAACAUACCAUCUUCGAUGUUCGUUCUAAAGGAACCGCAAACAGAAGAUUUCUUAAGGUGUAAGAAGAGACACUUAAAAACUAGAAGUACUUAUUCUUAAGACCCUGGCUAGAGCUACAUUUUAACAACUAGGAAACUACCGCCUUAUCAAUAUUAUGAAGUUAAAUGAAGAUUUGAAGAUAAAGAGAAGCAUUGUCUGCGCUCACAUCGAGGAGCUCUGGUCAAGAAAAACAUCCGUUUAAAGCCGUAAGACCCAUAGGAAAUGUACUUAGGAUUUUGAGAAAACAGAACAGUUGUUCGAACUCCUAAUCAUGAAAUGACAAACUCAAGUCUAAGCUAACAAUUGAGAGAUAAAAAGACAGAUGAAUCGAGACAUUUGUGUAAUAAGAUAGUUGGUGAGUUUGGAGGUUGGUUUGCAGAUUGUUUAAGUGUUAUCCUCGCCGUACUAAUAUCAACUCAAACUGAUGUAGAGUACUGUGUGCUCAAGAGUAUGAGGGUCAAACUAAUAUCUGCGCAUUUGAAUUAUAAUCGAAAGAAGGAAGAACUUGGUUUCUUUUUUCCUCUGAAAGAAGUAGGACCGGACAGUUUUUUAAAAUGACAAUUUCCUUGACAUAACAGGAGGUCCAAAUGGUUCCAUUUUGGUAAAUUUUCUAAGAGUACGGCCUCGGGCCUCAGUAUGAUGAUGACUGCUAAAUAUCAACCUGUCCGAUGGCAGGUGUGGGCUGCAAUUUUGGAGAGAUAAAAAUUAUACAAAGUGGAACCCAAAUCAAUCAACCAUACUACCUUGUUGAAUCGAAAUGAUUUUGGUCCUUUCAUAACAGUUGGAGUGUUUAAACAAGAGGAGGACAGUUGAGAUGUGUCAGGCCGAGGAAAAGAGUUUACCCCAGCAGGGUCUGUUUAUUAUUUUCAGAGUCACUUCUUCUGUGAAUACUUUAAUAAAGUGUAAUCGUAGUCAAGAAGGAAAAGGAAAGGGACGAGUUGAUUUCUAUAGAGGAAUCUCUCUUAUACAACUUGGAAAAAAUAUUCAACACAGAGAUCAAUUGCAAAUGAUUCGAAAUAGGUAGGAGAGUUUUCAAAUAGUCAGAAUAUUUUCAGUGGUGUGCUUUUGAUUGGUGGUCUAUUACUUCCGACAAUGACGUCCGUGUAAAUACUCUGAUUCAAAAUUGAAUUUGACUAUUGGUCGCACUUCUGAUCUGCGGGGGCAUUAAAGUGUGACGGGGGGAAUUGCUGUUGGCGAAGUUGCUUUCGGAACCGUUGGCCAAAUUCAUUGUAAAAUCUUACUUAGCAGCUAACAUGGUUGGGGAAUCAGCGUACGAUGAAGGAUAUUAGAUGUACGUAAUCAUGUAUUUAGAGGGAUGCUUUUCUUUAAUAGAGUAUCAUGGUGAUGGGAUGAAGUGAAAUCUAAAAGAUACUAACACUAUUUAAAAAAUUGAGUGCUCGAGUUAAUGCAGUUGCCAAAUAGGAAAAUGUUUGAGGGUUAUCAAAAUUGCAUAGAACGUUUUAGUUGUGUUUCAAGUGAGCACUUUCCUAAUAGGGCUGGUAAAUUAUGAACCAGCUAGUAUCAUUAUUUGGUUUGUGAUGUUUGUUUCUGAAUUUUGGCUUUUUAUUAUUUUAGGUCCAAGCAAGGGUUCUAACUGAGUUUGAGUUUGAAGCUAUUUCUGACCGCGACCAUGAUCCUUGUUCUGAAGUCAAGUACAUUAAGACAUCCUGUUUGAGUCCCGGUAGGGACUCAACUUAGAAUUUCAAACGGUCGGAGAGUUAAAGAAAACAAAAUAUACAAUUGAACACUUCGCUGAAAAUUCAGAGAAUAAAAGGCAGAUUCAAAAGAUAUUUAGAAGCUACCAGGAAAAAUGUGAGAGGACUGUAUUUCUGUACUUACGAUGACCACGCAGUCCAACGUCAGUCUAUAUUGAAUGAGAAUAGGAAGGACUGCAGAGUGCAAAGUCAAGCCAAAAAA